AUGCACGAGCAGGAGUUCGAUUUGUCUGACAGUGCGGGCAAGAGGCUGGUGACUGAUCAAGAACUUCAAGCUGCGGUUCAGGGUAGCCUCGUUCCGCUGCAAGCUGGCCUUUCAGAUGCAUCUGUUCACCUCAUUGAGAAUCGUCGCGAAGAGUUGGCCCAGAUGCAAUGGAAGGUGCUGCGGGACAAGCUCCAAGGCUGCAACAGCGACGUCUCGGCGCUGUCCACGCAAGUCUCGGAGCUUCAACAGCGGAUCCAGCUAGAAGCAAAAGAGCGUGAGAAGCUCGUUGAGGCUCUUCGAGCAGAUAUUGGCAAUCAGCUGAACCAAGAUCGGGCCGCUGUGGAGGCCAACAUGCAUCAGCUGUCCGAGCAGAUCCACUCUUUCUCGAGUCUCGUCAAUGCAGAACAGAACAAGCGCGAGUAUGCACACAAAGUCUUCGACAACCAAGUCCAGGAUCUGCGCAAUGCCCUCGAUGCUGACCGAGCAGAGCGACGCCAGGAGUCCGACAAGCAUCUCGCAAUGUUGCGCGAGGGCACGGUUGGCCUCGAUGCGCAACGGCAUGCGUUGGAGUCCGUGGAGCAGCGGCACAUGCUGGAUUUGCAAAAUCUCAGAUCGGAGCUUGCACAGGCUUCCAGGAAGGUCACGGCCUUUGCCGAUGAGCAGCUCGAGUUGCUUCGUUUGUCCAAUGAGGAGCUCGCACGCAAGUUGAAGAGUCUGGAAAGUGACACGCACAGGAAACUGGCAGAAGUUCAAGCAGGCAAUGAGCAGGCCAUGAAGAACGUCAGUGCAGCAGAGGCUCACAGCCAUGAGAUUGAUGCGCGACUGAGCCAG